CCGCACGCGCGCGCGAUCGGAUCGAUGGCGCUGGGGUUGUUGCUCGCGCUCGUGGGGUACAAGAAAAAGUCGCUCGACGAAAGCGGGGCGCUCGCGGCGAUCGGGGUGGGGUUCGGGAGUAUUUACGCGGAUGUUCGAUUCGGCGCCGCGCUCGCGGCGUUCUUCUUCGCGUCGAGCGCGGUGACGCGCGUGCGGUCGGACGUGAAGAAGCGGGUGGAUGAACACUUUAAAGUCGGUGGUGGGCGCGAUUGGGUGCAAGUGUUCGCGAAUGGGUUCGUGCCGACGGUCAUCGCGCUCGCGUUCGCGUCGGGCGGUUUCGGCGCCGAGGCGACGAGCGCUUUGGCGAGCGCGUACCUCGGAUAUUACGCGUGCUGCGGCGGCGAUACGUUUGCGAGUGAGCUCGGGGUUUUGUCAAAAUCCAAGCCCAGGUUGAUCAUCGACUGGCGGCGCGAGGUCGCCGCGGGAACGAACGGCGGCGUCACCGCGUUGGGCUGGGUCGCGAGCGCGAGCGGCGGCGCCGUCGUCGGCGCGGCGUUCCAUCUAGGUCAAUCAGCCCUUCGCGCGGUCGCGACCGACGGCGGCGCGCUCGUCGCGCCCUCUAACGCCGCGUCAGUGAUCGCAUUCGGUGCCGUCGCCGGCGUCUUCGGCUCGCUCGUGGACAGCGUUCUCGGCGCCACGAUUCAAUACUCGGGCUUUUGCGAAGAGCGUCAAAAAGUCGUCAGCAAACCCGGGCCCACGGUGACCCGCAUCAGUGGUUCAGAAUUCCUCAGCAAUAGCGCGGUGAAUUUGGUGUCCGGCGUGAUAACCGCCGUCGUCGCCGCG